GUCAGGUUGAACGGACUAUUUAGAAGAUGUGAAAGCUUCUGCCUGAACCUGUUGGUUUUUUGCUAGUAUUGUUUCAGGCACAGAUGCUAAGAUGUUGAAAGAACUAUUCUGCUGCCUUUUGUUUUUAGUAGUCUUUUCUUUCUCUGCAAAUUCUUUGUAUAAUUUGAGCUACUCAAAUGUAACAGAAUUGAUUAGAGGUUAUAAAGAUUUGCUCUACAUCUUAAAGGACAACCAAAGUGAAGAUGGAUUAAAGCCAGGAGUGGUUUAUGGUUAUGUUUACACGGAUUUACACUCAUGGGAAUACCCUUAUAUUCCUUCAAUAUCUUCAACUACAGAGACCAACAUCCCAAAGGCCUCCCAUGCGACCAAAGAAUUAAACAAAUGCCCAGAUCUCUCACCACAUCUUGUGGGUCCAACAAGGGUUGAGUUCUCUACACCUGUCAGUUUGGAUACAGUCAUUAAGGAGAACCCACAUCUGCAGGUCGGAGGUCGCUACAAGCCAGACAACUGCGUCGCCCUUCAGAAGGUUGCUGUCAUCAUCCCCUUCCGUAAUCGUGAUGAACACCUCAAGUUUUGGCUCCACUACCUCCAUCCUUUCCUACAGCGCCAACAGCUGGACUAUGGUGUCUAUGUUAUUAAUCAGGAUGGGGAAAGCACGUUCAACAGGGCCAAGCUGAUGAACAUCGGCUACACCGAGGCCCUCAAAGAGUACGAAUACGACUGCUUUGUGUUCAGUGACGUGGACAUCAUCCCCAUGGACGACCGGAACACCUACCGAUGCUUCAGCCAGCCCAGACACCUGUCUGUGUCCCUGGACAAGUUUGGCUUCAAGUUGCCCUAUAAUCAGAUCUUUGGUGGUGCCUGUUCAUUGAGUAAGGAACAGAUGCUGAAAAUUAAUGGGUUUUCCAACACCUACUGGGGCUGGGGUGGUGAAGAUGAUGACAUUUUCAACAGGUUGAAUAGCAGUGGAAUGUCAAUCUCUCGUCCAAACAGCAUCACUGGAAAAUGUCGGAUGAUCCCUCACACAAGAGACAAAAAUAAUGAAGACAAUCCUCACAGGUUCGAGAGAAUAGCUCACACGUUAACCACAAUGGAUGAAGAUGGCCUCAACUCCCUUGAGUACAAAGUUGUCACAGCGCAAAAACACAUCCUGUUCACAAAGAUUACAGUAGAUGUGGGGGAGCCAAUCCAAGAAAACACACAAGAGGAUGAGAACUAAAUAUUCACAAUUGUGUAUUUUUUAAAAACGUGCACAUUACCAGA